AUGGGUAUUCCAGCCGCUUUUCGAUGGCUGUCCAACAAAUACCCUAAGAUCAUCUCGCCUGUUAUCGAGGAGCAGCCCGUCAAGAUUGAGGAUGGCUCUGAGAUUCCAGUCGACACUACUGGGCCCAACCCCAAUGGCGAGGAACUCGACAAUUUGUACCUCGACAUGAACGGUAUCGUCCAUCCUUGUUCCCAUCCCGAGGACCGUCCGGCUCCCAAGGACGAGGAGGAGAUGAUGCUGGAGGUCUUCAGAUACACCGACCGUGUUGUUAACAUGGUCCGUCCGCGAAAGCUGCUCAUGAUUGCUGUCGGUUAG